AUGGGUCCGUAUUUUCCGAAAUGGCUUCAAUCUCAGAAUGAGUAUUCAUACCUCGAUAUUUCUGAUGCUGGAAUUGUGGAUAUCCUUCCAAGCUGGUUUUGGGGUAUGACUCGUAACGUGGAAAUUAUCAUUCUUUCCCAUAACCGAAUUGGAGAAGUGUUUAAAAAUUUGACAGUGAAUUUUGCAAAUUAUCCUGAAGUGCAUUUGAGUUCGAACCAAAUUGAAGGUCAAAUUCCCGCAACUCUAUCACAAGCAUCAUAUUUGGAUCUCUCUAAUAAUAACAUUUUAGGGUCGAUUUCUUUCUUGUGUGCAAAUGCAGCUAUGCGUUUACGUUUUCUUAAUCUCUCAUACAACAAUAUCUCUGGAGAACUUCCAGAAUGCUUGACACAUAGCAACCUCGUCAUGCUUGAUUUGAGUUCCAAUGCUCUUUUGGGAAAAAUUCCUACCACGAUAGGCUCCUUGUUUGGGAUCGAAAUGUUGAAAUUAAGAAGCAAUGAGUUUGUGGGAGAGUUGCCUUUAUCCUUGAAGAAUUGCACAAGUUUAAUGGUUAUUGAUCUUGUAGAUAACCAGUUGUCCGGAUCAAUACCUAAAUGGUUGGGGGCUAGCUUUCAGAACUUGAAUGCUUUCCUCUAA